UCUGACUCGCUAAGUUGUAUGUGUUAAAGCCUGUUGACACAUUAAACUUGAUUGCAUCGGACUUUGCCUGUUUCCAGUGUUUCUUUAAGUAUUUGCCAGCUGAGCCUAAGGUACCAAAUCAGGAUCUGAGAACAACUGAUAAGAGACAAGAGGUUCAAGGUCGGGAGCCUACAGGCCCACUUCCAGGCACCGAUUUUUGACACUUCAGUAUCAUGAAGAGGACGAUGAAGUGCGCAAAAUGCAAUCGAAGGAUGCAUCUGGUGACAUGCCAUGUCAAGAAUGGGCUGUGGUGGGUCUGUAAGCAUCAUAAAAGUUCCCCACAAUCUGUAUGCAGUGGCUCAGUAUUCAGCAAAUUUCACAUCCCUUUGACAAAAUGGCUUGAGUUCAUGCACAGAUUUGCACAAGGUUUGCAGUUGAAGCAACUUGCCAUGAUCACUGAGGGGAUAGCAGCAAGCUCCAGGACAUUGACAAAAAUGGCGAAAGUACUCAGAAAGGUGUGCAUUGCUGCCCUCAAGCGACUGAGGAAAAGAGGAAUGAGGAUUGGUGGUCGUCAUCGAUUUGUUGUUAUCGACGAGAGCAAAUUUGCCCACAAACGAAAGUACCAUCGUGGUCGAUGUGGCAACACUUGGAUGCUGGAGGUUGACGGGAAUUCCAGAAGACCCAUUCUGAGACUUGUCAGGGAUCGCACAAGACAAACCCUUAUAGGCCAAAUUAGACGCUAUGACCGAAACAGGAAGUUGGUUCCUCAGAAGAGGAGCCUGAUAGCUGAAGGCUCUGGCUCCUCUUCAGGACCCACAGUAACCCUGUAUUCUCAGAGCGCAGUGUUCUGGUGGGAUGAUGGGGCACUGUGA